AUGACUGAACAGAUUGCCUCCUGCGUUCCCCCCCGUUGUGUGCUCUGCACACUACAGCUGAAAGGCAACAACGACAUCUUCGUGGCUUCUCAGGCGAAUCCAGCCUAUCAGCCCGCCAAGUACUUUGCCUGCAUGGUGAACUGCCCGCAUGUCAAUGGUCUCGCUUAUGGCUGUCACUCGGUCUGCUUACGAGCUGGUCUGCCAUCUUUGGCCGCUCGCGAGGUGAACUGUUGGGACGAGGACUUUAGCCUUUCAGCUGGACGAUCAUCCGACUACCAACACCACCUACUGCGCAACGGCAACACUAUGCUCGAUAUUGCGCGAUCGGCUAUACAAGCUGAGGCAAGCAUCACCAAGGCCUGCAAAGCGCAAAUCGACACCGCACAUUGUAUAUGGGCAACGUAUGUGACGCUACGCGGCGAAAGCUACUUGUCUAGCCUGAGCAAUGACCCCAAUGGUAUCCUUUUAUAUGACCCAAUAGUAAAGCCUGCAGCGGACAUUAUUUACUUUGCGCGAGGUCCCCUGGGCGUCCAGAACAUACUAUUUGCCUGUUCGGCAGAUAAAGUAGAACUGGAAACUGUCCGAUGGAAUUGGUGGCAGGACAUGCCCUUUUCUGCUGGCCAAAGCAUUUAUUUUGACUUUGACGGUCUCAAAAUCCGCAAUAUACAUGGGAAUCAAGGAGGGAACCCAAAACGCCCAAUGUGGUCUGCGCCGUCACUCCAACCGAGCCUUGUGCACUUCCCCCUCGUACAACACUCACGACCCGCCCGAUUCAACCGUCUCAUGGUCAAUCAUCCAGAAAUAACAGGCUACUCGAUAGCAUGGAAUACCGCUCGCCGAGCCCUUACAAUGGUGGCGCACGCACCCAGUAGCGACUUGCAUUGUUAUGAUGAGUUUCCCGAAAGGGGCACCACAUGGUUCUACAUUGCACUUGGUAGCGGAGAGCUUCUGAAGGACAUAUGGCGUCGAGACUGCCAUUCACAUCCCCAUCGGGGUGUAGAUCUAAUUAUAGCUACAUCACUCGACAACGUCUAUGUAGUAGGGCCUCAUGAAAAUCCCAACCGGAGGUACUCUUAUUCGCGAUUGGCCGUCUUGCGUGAUGGUCCCAACUACAUGUACAUCGAUGACUCUGUCGGCUUCAUACGCGAGCUCGCCUUUGACCCGGAACCAGGACGCAACAGCAAUACUUGGGAGGACUACAUGCCGGUGCCUAUAUCCCCCAAUCCAGGAAAUAAUCCGAAUUGUUGGAAUAUCUCGGAGAGUUUCUUUUACACCUCGGCGCCGCUUGACGAUCUGCUUGGUGUCAACCUAUGCCAGUUCAAUGACAUGGUCACCGGUUUGCUGUUACAUUAUGGGGACGGAUCGCAGGCGAGUGUGGGGGAAGUGAGGCUGGACAGACUUCAAAGCGACCGUCGGCAAGUGCCCAGAAAUUCAACAAUACGAUUUACAGUGUCGAGAACAAAUUACCAAUGCCCCUAUGUCAAUGGUCUUCAGAUCUUCACUGAAAACAUGGUAAAGCCACCCUUCAACCACGGGCUGGAUCUAGAGGUGAAUUGUCAUGGGAUAUUGGAAUGGUGGUUCACAAGGCGGCAAUGUCAACUUGCGUAUGGAAAUCGUACCAGUGCUUCAACGUGCUUAUAA